UCGAGAGCGUGUGCUCAGCUGCAUGACUCACUCAUGAGUGCUGCUGGGAGAAAAAGUAUAGCGACUAACUCUAUUUCACAGACGCAGUUUCAACAGCCACGCACGCAGCUUACAUUUCAAAUUGAAGUCCGCAAGUUUGCGUUACUUUUCUCCACCUUGACGUCAGCGAACCAGUUUGGUGUGUGACCCGCUCCGCUGCGCCCAGAUUCCGAUAUGGUGCCCUCGCCAACACUCUCCACACAUAUGAACACAAAUGUGACAGAGGCAUCAGAUAUGGGGCCUUUAACAUCCCUUCCUACACAAGCAGACACCACCAUGAUUCAGGCGGUAACAACAGCAGCCCCUGCCAGUCCAGACUCGGCAGUUGUAGCAGUGGUUAUUGUUCUCAUCCUGCUGACGGUAGCUGCUUUGGGCUUCCUGCUUUACCGGUAUCUCUGCCACAACAAAGGAGACUACAGGACGACAGGGGAGGCGGCUCCGGGGGACGACCCCGAUGACGAGUACAAUAACCAAGCUGCGAGCGAAAAAAAGGAAUACUUCAUAUGAACCUGGUGAAGACUUACAGAGAGUGAGUGGAGAAAGACAAAAUGCUCUGUAAAAGACUAAAAAGGACAUAGGACGGUUUUUUUUUUUAUGCAUCUGUUUUGAGGGGAGGAACGCGACUUUCUGCACACAGCUGUUUUAUAUUUUGUUGUGAAAAAAACCGCAGAGGCGCACAAGCAAUACCAAAGAUAAGAUUGUUACAGUAAGAGUGAGUAUUAUUGAUGAAUGAGGAGCGGGUGACCGACAACAGGUGUGGGUUGAGAUUAGCAGAGCUAGGCAUGAAACAGGUGGUGGGAUUUUAGUGUGCCACAGUUACAGGAUCAGUUAAUACUCAGCAGUAAAAUGUAAGACGUUUGUCUGCUACACUAUUUAUCAGCCAAGUUUUAGGCCUCUAGUAUUUGCAAUACGCCGUUUUAUUCAGACAGUUUUUCCUUUUUAUUUUUUUUUUUUUUACACCAAACAAAACCUUGUGCAAGACGUGUUGUGAAGCCAUUGGGGGAAGUUACUUUUAUAUUGAUAUGUCUUUUACAGUUAUAGUUUUCCUAUGCAAUUAUUUUAUAAGCAAGUUAAAAAAACAAAACAAUGUCCUCCUUUUGAAUUCAGGACAGCCUAAACAUUAUUUGUUGUAUGUGAUUGUUGUUGUACCUGGUUUUGUAUUAUUUCUUGCCAGACAUAGUAACGGAUGACUUCCCUAUUUGAGACAAAUAUGGAAGGCAAUAAAACUUGAUUUUGGACUAGUGCCAUUGUA